CUCGUUUCAGAGAGUGUAUAGACUAUAGAAUACUCGUGGAAUAUCAUCUGCUUCGUCUGCAAAUUCUCUACCACUGAAAACCGAAAACCGCCGGGCCAUAAUACUCAUUGUACUCCCCCUUCUUUCUGGUUUUUCUUUCUUCCAUUCAUUUCUUCUACUUCUUCUUAUUCAGCAUGAUGCUUCAUACGUUAGUUUCCUCCAGUUCGUCUCUCUUCUCUCCAUACUGCUCUUCUGCUUCUUACAGACUCAAUCCCCUUCUUGUCUCCAAGCCUCGCCGCGGCGUUAAACUUUUCCCUCGCUGGCAUUUCAGUCCUUUCAGAAUUAGGCCUCUUGCAGCAGCUGCUGCAACGGAGAAUGGCGUGUUUACUUCUCCAGAGAUGGCAAAGUCAUUUGAUUUUACUUCAGAGGAACGGAUAUAUAAUUGGUGGGAGUCUCAAGGGUAUUUUCGGCCAAACUUUGAUCAAGGAAGUGAUCCAUUCGUGAUUUCAAUGCCACCUCCUAAUGUCACUGGUUCACUGCACAUGGGACAUGCAAUGUUUGUGACUCUUGAGGAUAUUAUGGUUAGAUACCAUCGAAUGAAAGGAAGACCAACACUUUGGCUUCCUGGGACUGAUCAUGCUGGUAUUGCCACUCAGUUGGUAGUGGAAAGAAUGCUAGCAUCUGAAGGAAUAAAAAGAGUUGACUUGAGUAGGGAUGAGUUCACAAACAGAGUUUGGAAGUGGAAAGAGAAGUUUGGUGGAACCAUCGCAAACCAGAUUAGGAGACUUGGUGCUUCUUGUGAUUGGACUAGAGAACACUUCACCCUUGAUGAACAGCUAAGUCGAGCUGUAAUCGAGGCAUUUGUCAGGCUUCAUGAGAAAGGCUUAAUCUAUCAAGGAUCUUACUUGGUAAACUGGUCUCCCAAUUUGCAGACUGCAGUUUCAGAUUUGGAAGUUGAGUAUUCUGAAGAAUCCGGUACUCUGUACCAUAUCAAGUAUCGUGUUGCUGGAAGUAGUGACUAUCUGACAAUAGCAACAACACGUCCAGAAACUUUAUUUGGUGAUGUAGCCAUUGCAGUGCAUCCAAAGGAUGAUCGAUAUUCCAAGUAUAUAGGUAUGAUGGCGAUUGUGCCUAUGACAUAUGGCCGCCAUGUCCCUAUCAUCUCUGACAGGCAAGUUGAUAAAGACUUUGGAACUGGUGUACUGAAGAUAAGCCCUGGACAUGAUCAUAAUGAUUAUCUUCUAGCAAGAAAGCUUGGUCUCCCUAUACUUAAUGUCAUGAACAAGGAUGGGACACUUAACGAAGUUGCUGGAUUAUACUGCGGCCUUGAUCGGUUUGAGGCCCGGAAGAAGCUGUGGGCAGAUCUGGAGGAGACGGGAUUGGCUGUGAAAAAGCAACCGCACACUCUACGGGUUCCCAGAUCCCAACGUGGUGGAGAAAUAAUAGAGCCACUAGUUAGCAGGCAGUGGUUUGUUAGCAUGGAGCCCCUGGCAGAGAAAGCUCUUCUUGCAGUUGAAAAAGGAGAAUUAAGCAUUAUUCCUGAAAGAUUUGAGAAGAUCUACAAUCACUGGCUAUCAAAUAUUAAGGACUGGUGUAUAAGCAGACAACUCUGGUGGGGACACCGCAUACCUGUUUGGUACAUUGUGGGAAAGGACUUUGAAGAAGAAUAUAUAGUUGCUAGGAGUGCUGAUGAAGCUCGUGAGAAAGCUUGUCAGAAGUAUGGAAAAGAUGUAGAAAUAUAUCAAGAUCCAGAUGUUCUUGACACAUGGUUUUCCAGUGCGCUAUGGCCUUUUAGUACCCUUGGAUGGCCAGACGUGUCAGCAGAGGAUUUUAAACGGUUUUAUCCAACAACAAUGCUUGAAACUGGGCAUGACAUAUUGUUUUUUUGGGUGGCGAGGAUGGUCAUGAUGGGAAUUGAGUUCACAGGGACUAUUCCAUUCUCAUACAUUUAUCUACAUGGACUCAUCCGAGACUCACAAGGGCGUAAAAUGUCAAAAACACUGGGUAAUGUAGUAGAUCCAAUUGAUACUAUCCAGGAAUUUGGAACUGAUGCUUUACGAUUCACACUUGCACUAGGAACUGCUGGUCAGGACCUUAAUUUAUCCACGGAGAGAUUGUCCUCCAACAAGGCCUUCACUAAUAAACUGUGGAAUGCUGGCAAGUUCGUGUUACAGAAUUUACCUAAUCAAGAUGACGCAUCUGCUUGGGAAACUGUACUGGCUUAUAAGUUUGACAGAGAGGAGUCUCUUGUUCAGCUACCAUUGCCAGAAUGUUGGGUGGUCUCAAAACUUCAUUUGCUUAUUGACAUGGCCACUGCAAGUUACGACAAAUUUUUCUUCGGAGACAUUGGAAGAGAAACCUAUGAUUUCUUUUGGGGUGAUUUUGCUGAUUGGUAUAUUGAGGCCAGUAAAGCUCGCCUUUAUUCCUCCAAAGGUGAUUCAGUUGCAUCAGUGGCACAGGCAGUCCUGUUGUAUGUUUUUGAAAACAUACUAAAGUUGCUGCAUCCUUUCAUGCCUUUCGUUACUGAGGAACUAUGGCAGGCACUCCCCCAACGAAAAGAAGCUCUUAUGGUGUCUCCUUGGCCACAAACAUCACUUCCAAGGCAUGCCAACUCAAUAAAGAAGUUUGAAAAUUUACAAGCUCUGAUUAGAGCAGUUCGGAAUGCUCGAGCAGAAUAUUCUGUUGAUCCAGGGAAGCGUAUAUCUGCAUCUAUUGUUGCAAGUGAAGAAGUCAUACAAUAUGUAUCGAAGGAAAAAGAGGUUUUAGCACUUUUAUCCCGGCUAGAUGUUCAUAAUGUUCGUUUUACGAACAUUCCUCCAGGUGAUGCAGAGCAAUCAGUCCACCUAGUAUCUGGUGAAGGACUCGAAGCAUAUCUCCCUCUUACUGACAUGAUUGAUAUCUCCGCGGAAGUUGAACGUCUUUCUAAACGCCUUUCCAAGAUGCAGACUGAAUAUGAUGGACUAAGGGCUCGCCUAAGUUCUCCCAAAUUUGUGGAGAAAGCUCCCGAUGAUGUUGUCCGUGGGGUUCAAGAAAAAGCAGCAGAAGCAGAAGAAAAGAUAAUUCUCACCAAAAAUCGUCUAGCUCUCCUCAGAUCAACCAUUCUAGUUACAGAAUAAGUUACACCUGUGAUUUUCGAUUGCUUCUCUAAGAGCCCGAGUUCUCUCAUCAAUGGAUUUAUCUCAGUUGCCUGAACAAACUCUAGUUUCUAAGUUAUUCAAGCGUGAGUAUUACAUUGUCUUCGUAAAAAUGGAUUUAGUUCAGCGGCUACUUUCAACAACCGAGUGUCCAUGCAGCGGGUGGCAGGGAUGUGUAAAGCUUCUUUACUAUACACUAGUAAAGGAAGCUUCUUUACUUCUUUACAGAAGUAAAUUGAAUUGGCUGUGAUGGAUGUCAAAUGUAUUCUUUCUUUUAGUGCCAAAGCUCCACAUUUUUGUUGUGUUGA